AUGCCACCAGUAGCCGUGCCUGAAGAGCCUUCAAAGAAAAAGCUCCGUGUAGCCAUAAUAGGUCAGAGUACUUUCGCAGCUGAGGUUUUCAAAUUACUGCAGAGAGAUGGUCAUGAAGUGGUCGGUGUAUUCACAGUACUCGACAAAGGAAAUCGAGAGGAUCCUUUGGCAACUAUCGCAGCCCAGAAUGGUAAACCGGUGUUCAAAUACAAGACGUGGAGGGUGAAAGGAAAAGUUAUCCCGGAAAUAUUAGAAGAAUACAAAUCUGUAAAUGCCGACAUCAACGUUCUACCAUUCUGUACCCAGUUUAUUCCCAUGGAAGUUAUUCUGCACCCGAAAUAUCAGAGUAUCUGCUACCAUCCCAGCAUCUUACCUAGACAUAGAGGAGCAUCUUCUAUCAAUUGGACCCUUAUCGAAGGUGACACCACCUGUGGUCUCACUAUCUUCUGGGCAGAUGACGGCUUGGACACUGGACCCAUUUUACUACAGAGAAGUUUUCCUUGCACCAUUGAUGACACUGUGGACUCAUUGUAUAAUAAAUAUUUAUAUCCUGAGGGUAUCAAAGCAUUAGCAGAAUCUGUAAAUAUGGUAGCUAAUGGAGUAGCUCCACGUAUAAAACAAACCGAAGAGGGAGCUACAUACGAUCCAGCACUCUUUAAACCCGAGACUCAUCAGAUUGAUUGGUCUAAAGGAGGUCUCGCUUUACACAAUUUUAUUCGUGGUCUGGAUUCUUCUCCUGGCGCUACCACCUUCAUAAAACCACAGACCAAAGACGGCGUUGAUAAAACCAGUGAUGCUAACAUUGAAAUUAAGUUCUUUGGUUCCUCAUUGUGGGAAGCGGAGUACGAAACGGAGGGUGAUAAAUUAUUUAUCACAGGAUUAAACAAACCCGCCGUGGUACACGCUGAUGGUUUAUUAAUAACAGCUAAUGACGGAGUUAAACUUAACAUUCAGAGGUUGAAAGUAAAUGGUAAGAUGAUUAAUGCCCAAAACUUCUUCAAAGGCAGAGAAAACAAAGUCUCCCUUGACUUAACUGCGGAAGAAAAACAGUUCAUAGAAAAAGCACGUGAUGUUUGGAAAGCAAUAUUAAGAAUCGAAAUAGAAAACGACACUGAUUUCUUCGCUUCUGGAGCAGGCUCCAUGGACGUUGUCAGAUUAGUAGAAGAAAUAAAGGAUAUAGCAGAUCUCGAAUUACAAAAUGAAGAUAUUUACAUGAACACAACAUUUGAAGAUUUUUAUAACGCAGCUAUACUUAAACAAAGAGGUGGUUCAAGUAGUAAGGAAGUUAUUUACGAUGGCGUAGAGAUGGAAAUUAAUAAAAUGAAGAUUAAAUUUCCAACGCAACUAUUCAUCAAUGGAGAAUUCGUUAAUUCUGACGGCGGAAAAACAACAGCUAUAGUUAAUCCCACGGAUGAAUCGGUUAUAUGCAAAGUUCAAGCUGCCACAGCAACUGAUGUUGACAGGGCUGUCAAAGCCGCUGAGAAGGCCUUUGAAGAAGGAGAAUGGUCCAAAAUCAGCGCAAGGGAAAGAGGACAAUUAUUAUUCAAGUUGGCGGAUCUAAUGGAGAAGCACAAAGAAGAAUUAGCCACUAUCGAGGCAAUAGAUUCAGGAGCGGUUUACACUCUAGCACUAAAGACUCACGUUGGCAUGUCCAUCGAAACAUGGAGAUAUUUCGCCGGCUGGUGUGACAAGAUUACAGGUUCAACCAUUCCUAUCAGUCAUGCAAGACCAAAUAAAAAUCUGACUUUGACUAAGAGAGAACCCAUUGGUGUCUGCGGACUGAUCACUCCUUGGAAUUAUCCAUUGAUGAUGUUAUCUUGGAAGAUGGCUGCUUGCUUGGCAGCUGGUAACACCGUCGUUAUGAAACCAGCAGCGGUAUGUCCUCUCACCGCCCUCAAAUUCGCUGAGCUGUGUGUCCUAGCCGGCAUUCCACCGGGAGUUGUUAACAUUGUAACGGGAAGCGGAGCUCUGGCGGGACAAGCCCUUGCUGAUCAUCCUCGUAUUAGGAAACUUGGAUUUACUGGCAGUACUGAGAUUGGCCAAACUAUUAUGAAGUCUUGUGCAGCAUCAAAUUUGAAAAAGGUGUCCUUAGAACUGGGAGGUAAAUCUCCAUUAAUCAUCUUUGAAGAUUGUGAUCUCGACAAAGCAGUUAAAAAUGGAAUGGCAUCAGUAUUUUUCAACAAGGGUGAGAAUUGCAUAGCAGCCGGUCGUUUAUUCGUGGAGGAGAGAAUACACGACGAGUUUGUAAGACGUGUUGUGGAAGAAACCAAGAAAAUGAGCAUCGGAGAUCCAUUGAACAGAGGAACCGCUCAUGGCCCACAAAACCACAAAGCCCAUAUGGAUAAACUCAUAUCGUACGUUGAGAGAGGAGUAAAGGAAGGCGCAAAACUGGUGUACGGUGGAAAACGCGUGGAUAGGCCAGGAUAUUUCUUCCAACCAACUAUAUUCACUGAUGUCCAAGAUAACAUGUUCAUUGCUAAAGAGGAAUCUUUCGGACCCAUUAUGAUUAUUAGUAAAUUUAGCAGCAAUAACCUGGAUGAAGUGAUUCGUCGUGCAAAUAACACAGAAUAUGGUCUGGCGAGCGGCGUCUUCACGAAAGACGUCUCACGAGCACUACGUGUUGCUGAGCGCGUGGAGGCUGGUACCGUUUUCGUGAACACAUACAAUAAGACCGAUGUCGCAGCGCCAUUUGGCGGAUUCAAACAGAGUGGUUUUGGAAAGGAUCUAGGUCAAGAAGCUCUUAAUGAAUACCUCAAAACUAAAUGUAUUACUAUAGAAUAUUGA